AACUUUAUUUUGAAAGUACUUGUUGCUUCUGGAAGACCGGUGUAAACUUCUUGAGGCCGUCAUGCGUGUGGCAGUACUACUACUGCUGGGAAUGGUGUCCGGGCUCUGUAGCAGUGAUCAGUCAUGUCCGGAAGUGAAAGUUUUAGGGAUUGGGGACACUGACAAAUUGUCUAUUCUUCGAGGCUGCCCUGGUCAUCCUGGCCUUCCAGGUCAAAAAGGAGAUGUUGGGGCACCUGGAGAAAAAGGAGAAAGAGGGGCGACUAAGCCAGUCUAUGCUGCCAGGAACUGCAAAGAAAUACGAUAUCAGGGGGCAGUCCUCAGUGACUGGUACACCAUAUACCCAGAUGGCAGCCGGCCCCUGAAGGUCCUGUUUGAUAUGGACACAGAUGACGGAGGAUGGAUUGUAAUACAGAGACGUUGGGAUGGGUCAGUAGACUUCUUCCGCACUUGGGAUGCUUAUAAGAAAGGCUUUGGCAGUCGGCUAAGUGAGUUUUGGCUGGGGAAUGACAAUAUUCAUCAAAUAACUUUAACAGGAACAUGGGAAUUACGUGUUGAUCUACAAGAUUUUGAAGGCAAAAUCGUGUACGCCAAGUAUGCAAGCUUCAAAGUAUUGGAUGAAUCAGAGAAAUACAAAUUAAUAAUUGGAGCCUAUCAGGAAGGAACUGCAGGAGAUUCUAUGGGAGAUCUAAACAACAUGAAGUUUAGUACUAAAGAUGAAGACACUUAUGAGGGCAGUUGUUCCUUAAUGUAUAAUGGUGGCUGGUGGUAUAGCGAUUGUCACGGGGCAAACCUUAAUGGACUCUACCACCUAGGAGAGCACACAUCCCAUGCAGAUGGCAUCAACUGGUAUACUGGCAGAGGGCAUAACUACUCGUACAAGCAUGCAGAAAUGAAGAUUAGGCCUGUUUAG